CGGAGAACACUUGAGGAGUUACAGCAUUUUUAAGAGUUCCCUUCCCUUCCCUAUCGAGACUCCCUCUCCUCUGCGACUUAUUUCACCACCAAAUCGCCGCCAUGUUCAGACAAGCUUCUCGCCUCCUCUCCCGAUCUGUCUCCGCCGCAUCCUCCAAAUCGGCGACGACUCGUGCCUUUUCAACGGAAGUCCCGUCCACUAUCGAUUCGACUUUCGUGGAGUCAUGGAAGAAAGUCGCACCGAACAUGGACCCGCCGCAGACUCCUUCUGCUUACAUGAAACCUCGUCCGUCCACCGCGUCUUCGAUUCCGACGAAGCUCACCGUCAAUUUCGUCCUCCCUUACGCAUCUGAGCUUUCCGGGAAGGAGGUCGACAUGGUCAUCAUUCCUGCGACAACAGGACAAAUGGGUGUUUUGCCUGGACACGUGCCAACAAUCGCUGAGCUGAAACCCGGUAUCAUGUCUGUUCACGAAGGUACUGACAUAAAGAAAUACUUCGUGAGCAGCGGAUUCGCAUUUCUCCACGCAAAUUCGGUCGCUGAUAUAAUCGCGGUUGAGGCCGUGCCGCUGGAGAACCUUGACGCAAGCCAAGUUCAAAAGGGUUUAGCUGAGUUCACACAGAAACUUGCUUCUGCGACAACAGAUCUUGAGAAAGCAGAAGCACAGAUUGGUGUCGAAGUUCACAGUGCAAUGAACGCAGCUCUGUCAGGCUAAAAGAAAGAUGGUUAGUGAAGACCCUUUUUUUGCUAUUACAAAAGGAUGGAAUAAAUUAGAAAAUGAUUUUUACUUGUUUUUAUCGUGUUGGACUUUGUUUGAAUAAAUGAUUUUGUUGAAGGCACAAACCAACAGAAAGUUUCUGUGUUCAUAUUUCUGUUACUGUACUUUUGUUGUGUUGAGAUUGAGAAUCUUAAGUUCCUGAAUUGAGUGGUUUUC